AUGAUUCCGACUUAUAAUAAAGAUCAACAAACGUGUCGCGUAAAAACCCCUAGAUAUAACGGACAUCCCUGUUGCGGGAAACCUGAACAAUCUGUCAUGUUGUGUGGAGACAUUCACGCCCUUGAGGGAGAAGACCUUGGAAUAUUGCUACGGGAAACUCUAAAACUUUCAUUUGUACACGUACAAAAAAAAUCGCAUGUUGGCUACGCUCACGUACACACGAGCAUGCGAGUGAUUUUUUUUCACGAUUAUAAAGACAUUAUUCUUGACGGUCCUUCCAAAACCGAACUUGCCACCUUAAAAAAACCUUCUAAAAUUUCAAUUCUUGUAUGUUCCUCUACUGCAUCUGAUGCCGAGAUCAUACGUCUUAUAAUCGUAUCACUAGUAACCUCAUCAGGAUGUGGUGUAAUCGCGAGUAAUCUUUCCAUAAUAAAUACACGGUCUUGA